UACAAAAAGAAAUCGAUAUCAGCUGGUUGAAAUUGUAAAGGAAUCGAUAUCAGUUGGUGAAGAAAUGGAGGAUUCCGACUCAAAUGAGGUCCUGAUUGAGGAAAUAGACAGCAACGACGUGCCGGAGAAUGAGCUGGAGCAGUUCCAGGAAACGGAGCCGCUGCGCGUGGUGGACAUAAUCGACUGCGACGCCGAUGGCGAGCGCAGGAGCUUCGAGGAGGAAGAGGAGGAAGGAGCUCUAAUCAAGCGCUAUGUGCAGGGCGUCCAGUGCCUGGAGUUCCCCGACUUUUGCACCAAGCUGGAGGCCAGCGACGAGGAGGAGGAGGAGCCUCUGGAAACAGCACCGGCCUCCAGCAGCGUGGAGCAGCCCAGCACUUCAGCUCAAGCUAAGGCCCCGCAGGAAAAGUCCUCGGGAAGUGGUCGUUCCGGCGGCGGUGGCUUCCGGAAGAGUCAGCUGAGCACCGCCCUGCAGGGACUGAUGGGCGAGGCCAACCUGAGCUUCGCCUACGGACGCUUUGAAACCGCCGAGCGCAUCUGCAUGGAGAUCAUCCGGCAGAAUCCGCUGGCCAGCGAACCCUUCUACACCCUGGCCGAGAUCUAUGAGAACCGCGACGAGGUCAAGUUCCUUAACUUCUCAACGCUGGCCGCCCACUUGAAUCCCCAGGAUCGGGACAUGUGGAUACGGGUCUCCGAUCUCCUCGUGCAGCAGGGCAACCUGGCCCGUGCCCGCCUUAUCUACACAAAGGCCAUCAAGAUGCUGCCCAAGGUGUAUCAACUGCGGCUGCGAAAAGCGCAGUUGCUGCAGAAAAUGGGCGAGACCAACGCUUCGAUGUUUACCUACUUGAAGAUGCUGCCCCUGAUGCCGCCGGACGAGUGGAAGAUGUGCCUGAACACGGCCAAGAACGUGGCCCGCUACUUUCAUGUCCUCGAGAAGCACACACUGGCCUUGGAGGCCAUGGAGGGGGCGUACAGCGUUUGCGGAGGGCGCUUCACUCUGGAGGACAUUAACAUCUACCUGGAACUGCUGAUUCUGAACAAGCAGUAUGCCAAGGUUUUGCGCUGCCUGCGGGAGCGCACCAACUUUGAGCUGGAGAACGACCAAGAGGAGAGUCUGGAGCUGAUUUACUUCUGCGAGAUACCGGAUGACUAUGUGCCCGAGUUACGGGCGAAGCUGUGCGUAAGCCUCAUCCACAUGCGGGCACACCACCUGCUGGGCUACAUCAUUCAGAAUGUACAGGAGCACAUCACUCUGACGGCGGACAGAGUGGAGCUGUACAUGGACAUCACGGAGGCUCUGAUGCAGGAGCACAAGUACGCCGAGGCCAUUGCGCUGAUGAGUCCCAUCACCGAUGGCGACACCGUCGAGUGCCCUGCCUUUGUGUGGCUGCGGCAGGCCGAGUGCCUCCGCCAGUUGAACCGCACCAACGAGGCCAUCCAGAGCUACGAGAAGGUGGUGCAACUGGCGCCCUUCUGCUACGACGCACGGUUCACCCUCUCCGCACUGCUGAAGCAGCAGGGCAGGCACGAGGAGGCCGUUCAGGCACUGGAGCAGCCGGGCGAAGCCGAGGGCCAGCCUCUGAUUGCCCGCCUAUUGUACGAGAGGUGUGUGAUGCUGCAGCAGAUCGGAAGAAUCGAGGAGUUCCUGGACGUGGGCUAUGCCCUGCUCAGCCGGCACUCAAUCAAGCUGUACAACCGCGAGGAAAUGAUGGCGGCCGCAAAUGGAGGCAGUGCCUACAAUUCUGAGAGCCUCAAAACCAUCAUCCAGAUGCGCAGCAAGGCGGUGGAUAGUUCCGCGGAGCAGGAUCUGCAGGAUCCCGCCAAGAAUGCCGCCACUGAGACCUCCGAUCUGACCGUCAAGGAUGAGUUUAACCUCUUCCAGGAGCUGGUGCGUACGGCUUUUAAGCAUGGCAUGCACAGCGCCGCCGAGAAGAUCUGCUUUGCCAUGGUGACCACAAAGAGAUUUACAUACUACCACCACGAGAUCGAGAGGAUUAUGGUGCUGACCUGCUACUACAACGAUGACUGUGCCAUAGCGUUUUCGUAUCUGCGCGAGCUAAUCGCCAAGCAGCCCAGCCAGACUACUUUGUGGAAUAUGCUAUCGCUGAUGAUUCAAAAGGGCGAUGAGGUUCGCUACUAUCGCUAUAUGCGCCGCCUGAUGCAACGCCAUCCGGUGGAUACCAAACCGAUGCGCAUUUUCCAGGGCCACUAUCACCUGAACUGCGCCUCCUUCAAGUACGCCCUGAACAUCUACAUGCCCAUUCUGCGCGAGAAUCCCGAUGCCCUGGUGGCCCUCUGCAUAGCCGUGGCAUUUAACCAACUUUCGCUGCAGAAGAAGGUGCUCCGCAAGUCGGCCUCUGUGGCCCAGGCCGUGGCCUUUGCCCAGCGCUACAAGGAGCUGCGAUCCGCGGGCCAUCAGUUCGGGGACUGCGCCGCCCAGCAGGAGAUCUUCUACAACAUCGGACGUAUCUACCACCAGGCCAACAUCCUGCACCUGGCUGUGGAGUACUAUGAAAGGGCUCUGGCCGUGCCACUUCAUCCGCUGAUUGCGGAGCACGAGGCCACUCUGGGUCUGCAGCACGAGGUGGCCUUCAACCUGCACCUCAUAUACCGAGCCCAUGGGAACAAGUGGAAGGCCCGCCAGUACCUGAUGCGUUACUGCGUGGUCUAAUCUGAGUAGCGUCAAGGAAUAGGUAUAUAUGUAACUAUCCUAAGUAGUAUCUUUAAGUGGUGUAAAUAGCUUUGUAGUCAUAAGCACUUUUUAUAAAAGGACAUUUCAUUUGUGAUGA